AUGAUCGGCUCUCAAGAAGUUUCAUUUCGUGGAAGACCUUUUUCUGGCAAAGUUAUUAACUUACCGGACUCACAUUGUGGUGUGGUUUUUCUUGAAACAUUGAAGCCAAAGUCAUUGAAAGCAGAAAGAAAAUUUCAUGCCAUUCGAAAUUUUCGUUCUUUCACUUACUGGAAUUGGGAUAAGCUACCAUCAAAGAAUGACCCAUUGAUGAGUGCUUUGGAUUGGUUGGACAUCUCUGAAGCGAUCCAUUCACCUGUCAAUGAGCCCAUAACAUGUGAUAAGCUCUCAGUUGAAAGUAAUGAUGAGGACAAAGAGAUGAAGUGUAAUGGUGAAGAAACAAGAGAAGAAUAAUUUAAUGGGGCUAUCCGAGAUCUUCAGCCUCAGCCAUGGUAAUGGAACAUAAUGAAAAGUGUGCGUUAACCUCAAUGCUAAGAAUACUAAUACUGCGCAAAUAAGUCAACAUAGUAUCCAUAGUCAUAUCGGUAACAAGUGUCAAUAGAAGUUUUAUCGUGAUAUUUUCAAAAACAUUUUUGGUCAUAUAGUUCUUAUCCUUAUAGGCCUCAUACGAUUUGUGCAGGGCUUACAAAUGUAUAGUUUCCUUUUUUUGUAUUUCUCGAAAUAGUACCUUUCGGAGAUGCAGAAUACGAAGGAAGAAAUUGUUAUCCCGGGGAAAAAAUUGUUACAUAAAAUCAAAUGAAAUUGCUCAUAACUUGAUUAUCCCUGUGAUUUUAUCCUAUGUUAUAGGGUGGUAAUAAAGUUGUAAUGUUUCUUAUUUAGUAGGUAUUUGGGCAGUUGAGUUAACAGGAAAACAUCACAUUCUAUUGGCACUGAUGUCUAUAGACAAAAUCCAAUUUCAUGCCUGCCAACCUCUGGUCAUCAGUAAUAGUAGAAUAAAAAUAACUGAAUUUAGGUGAGUUUAUUUGAGGUACCUAUCAAAUGUAAUUUCUUCAACAGGAGUUGACCUAUGGAUUGAAUAUUUCUGCCUCAUGUAUGUACAUUUUUGUAAAAUAAAAGUUUUCUCCCAUUUAAA